AAAUAAUGGCGACAUUCUCUGACAGAAACAUCGGCGGAAUAACCUCAAUUCAAAAACUCAGAAACCACUCAAGACAAAGCUCAAGUGAUGAAGAAAUGGGAAAAGAAGAGAUCUACUCAAUGCUUCAGGUCUUCGGGAGAGAACUCAACAAAAGAACUGAACUAGAACAAGACAAGUACCAAGGCAAGCAAACGGAAGAACUUUACUUUGAAGAUGAAGAGAAGGACAUCGACAGGUCCUUUGAAAACGCAAGACAAGAGCUCAUAGGAGAUAUCGACAACGAAUACACUGAAAGCGAAGAAUUCAGUAAAUAACAACGGAACUUUUGAUAAAGCAAAGUACAAAGAAUUCAUCCUCAAAUUUACCGAAGAAACUUAUAAAAAGAGUGGCAAUUCCCUGAGGAAAAGAGAAAAGAGGGAUACCAAACGAGAUCAGAAGACUGUAGUUCCAAGCAGAAUUGAAGAGACCAAAGAAGAUGAAAAGUUCAGCUGGAAGAAAAGACAACAGAUGUUAUUAGAUAAAAAGAGACAAGCUGAAAAUCAGAAAGAAGUCCCUCUCAUUGACCUCAAAAUGACUAAUAUCAUUAAAAUGAACAAUAAUCUCUCCAAUGUAGAUAGUACAGCAGAUCUCAGGAGAAACGAUAAGCCUGAAGAACUAUUUCUAGACGCUUUAUUUCAGGACUUGGGGCAAUACAAUAAAGUCGCUUUUGAAGAAUCUGACUCUGAUGAUGAGCUAUAUGAGAAGCAAAAUAUAGGAAACUUAGCAGAUACAUUUCCAAGUGUAAAUGUAUUCCAAGAUAUUGGACCACUCUCUAGAACCCUUCUAAAAAUAAGCGAUGAAAAGCAAGUCAGGAAGAGAUUAUCUAAAAGCUAUAUGUACAAUUACUGGAAUAAAGUAGAGACUAAAGAUCUUAAUGAAGACCUGAUAGUUGGUUGUAUUGCCAACAAAGUCCCAGUAACUCCUCUCCUAUACACUCUUCAGCUAAAUCAAGAGAAAUUAUGAAUAAAAUCAGAGAUUGACUACUCUCAGACUUCUGAGUCAGAUGAAGAGGAUAGAAAUGAAGAUACCUAUAACAGCUAUAUUCCAACAGAAAAUGAAAUCUCGAUUCUAAAUAAGACGAAUCAAAAGAGAAAAUCAGCGGUUAAUCCUGAAUCAUCUAAAGAUAGUAUUGACAGACAUAUCACACUGACUAAAAACCCUUCUGAUACUAUUAAAUAAGACAGGAGCCUCAGCAUUCAACAACAACACUUACGUGAUCAGAGAAGAAGUUGAAUACCAAGGAGAGGAAGUUAAAAUUGGCCAAGCUUCAAGACCUGUCGGAAGUCAAUAUAAUUUCACCCAAAAUCAAAAACUAUCAGCUCAAUUCCAGGAUUUUGAGGCGAAACAUAGAAAUAUCAAAGAUUUACAAAUCUUAGAGGAAGAUGGUCUCCACAGCUCAAUUCCAGAACCAAAAACUGAACGAAGAGAAAGUAAGAGCUCUCAGAUACUAAAGCUUCUUGAAAAUGAUAGGCAAAAGAAAGAUGGCAAUAACCUUAAGCCUACUCUUCAUCAUGAGUACACAGCAAUCGAGAAACCCCCGUCUGGGAAGAGAGGGAGUUUAGGCCAGUUCGACACAGAUAGCACUAAGCAUAGGGCUUAUUCUGAUUCAGGCAAGAACAGGAACAUGCCUAAAGAGACAAAGGGAUCCCAAUAUCUAAGUGUAAAAUCUUCAAAAAUAAAUGAAUCAAGCCUCAAUUCCUCUCUUAAUGAGAUAGAGUACCACAAAAAUUUCAAUGAUCUUGUUGAAAGAGUGGACAAAAUAAUCCAAGAAAGGAGAAAACUCAAGAUUGUCCCUUAUUCCAAGAAAGAGAGAAAGAAACUCCUCGUAAAAGCUGAGAAGUACAUGGUAUUAAUGACCAAGAUGAUGAAACACCGCAAGGAAGACUUCAAGUCAAUUAUCGACGAUGAGCUUUUUAAAUAAAGCUUCAAAAUUUCAUACUGAAGCAGUCAACGAGAAAGUCAAAGCUAAAUUUCUUGCAUAUCUUAUCAAAGAAUAUGGAAAGAAUAGAGAGUUCAUUCUAAACAGCUCGGCUAAGAAGCAUCACAAAUCUAGUAGGAAAAGGAGCAUUUCUAAACCCCUCUCUUCCAAGAAGCAAUCUCCAGAAAGCUACAUGAUAAACAUAGUUCACAGCUCCCAACCUCAAGGGGAGAAGAGAAAAAGGAAGGGAAGUAAUGCCUCUUCUGAUAGGAAUAUCUCAAGGACUUCCAACAGCAUGCCCAGAAUGAAAAUGAGCACCACUGCAAAGAAGCUCAAGAAGAAAAAGACUCAAAAAAUAUCUGAGAAUAAGAACUUGAGAGAUGAUAAUUACCUCUAUCAAUCUCCAGGAGACAUAAAAGAAGAGCCUAAUUUCAAUUCUCAAGAGGAUAAUAUCGCUCUCAGAAAAGUGAGCAGAAUGAAGAAUAGGAAGAAGCCAGUCAAGAAGAAGCAACAUGCAAUUGAUAGUGACAGUGAGCUUAAUCAUUCAACUGUAAUGACUCACGGAUGGGGUGUCACAAGAGAUAAGCCACAAUUCAAUAAUAGUUCAAUCAAUGAUUCUAUGCAUGAAAAUCCGCAACUGGUAAAUCUAAAUACAAGAAGACUUGACAGGAUCACUCAAAGGUUAUAUAAUAACACUAAACCCAAAAGAAAGGACAAUCCAAUACCAAUUGCUCCAGCUAAAAAGAUGAUUAAGAAGAAGAAGCAGCAACAAGAAUGGAUCGGUAAUCCCAACAGCGUCUCUGUAGGUAGCCAAGGCAGCAGCGAAGACGGAGUCUGGGUUUCAAAUUUCUAA